AUGCCCCAUGCCCUCUUCCCCAUGCCCUCUCCCCCAUGCCCUCUCCCCCAUGCCCUCUCCCCCAUGCCCUCUCCCCCAUGCCCUCUCCCCCAUGCCCUCUCCCCAUGCCCUCUCCCCAUGCCCUCUCCCCCAUGCCCUCUCCCCCAUGCCCUCUCCCCCAUGCCCUCUCCCCCAUGCCCUCUCCCCCAUGCCCUCUCCCCCAUGCCCUCUCCCCCAUGCCCUCUCCCCCAUGCCCUCUCCCCCAUGCCCUCUCCCCCAUGCCCUCUCCCCCAUGCCCUCUCCCCCAUGCCCUCUCCCCCAUGCCCUCUCCCCCAUGCCCUCUCCCCCAUGCCCUCUCCCCAUGCCCUCUCCCCCAUGCCCUCUCCCCCUUGCCCUCUCCCCCUUGCCCUCUCCCCCUUGCCCUCUCCCCCAUGCCCUCUCCCCCUUGCCCUCUCCCCCAUGCCCUCUCCCCCUUGCCCUCUCCCCCUUGCCCUCUCCCCCAUGCCCUCUCCCCCAUGCCCUCUCCCCCUUGCCCUCUCCCCCAUGCCCUCUCCCCCAUGCCGUCUCCCCCAUGCCCCCUCCCCCAUGCCCUCUCCCCCUUGCCCUCUGCCCCAUGCCCUCUGCCCCUUGCCCUCUCCCCCUUGCCCGCCCCCCCAUGCCCUCUCCCCCAUGCCCUCUCCUCGCGGAGGCACGUUCGCUCAUUUGCGCUCGUGUGCGGCAUCGCAGCGCAAGACUCAUGAGCGCCUGGCGGUGGUCGCCUCGUUCGCGCGGACUGACCGUGACGUGACCUUCGCGGAGGCGCGCUCGCUCAUCCGCGGGGGCAUGCGCUCGUGUGCGGCAUCGCAGCGCAAGAAUCAUGAGCGCCUGGCGGUGGUCGCCUCGUUCGCGCGGACUGACCUGCCCCUUGUUCCUCAGGCGCCCACAGCACUCCUCACUGCCUGCGUUGCUUCUGUUCCAAACGUGGCUGUCUCUUCCCUGCCCCGCCCCCCUAUGCGUGCAUGCCUACUGCAGCAGUGUGGCGCGCGGCAUGAGGAGCUUGCAGAAGCCACCAUCCUCACUGGGAUGCCGUCCCCUUUACAGCAGCAGAGGGGGGCGCAAGAUGCGGAGAGGGGAGGCAAGGGUGGGCGAGGAGCAGCGGGGAGGGGUGCGCGGAGGAGGCAGUGGUGGUGUGUGCGCAGUGCGUUCAUGCAGGCCGUGAUGGUGGUGGUGGAGGGCACACAGGCGGAGGGGCAGGUGGAAGAGGAAGGGGAGGAAGGAAAGGAGGAAAAUAGGGUGGAAGAUCAGGAAGGGACAACAGAAGGGAAGGGAGAGGAGGGCGAAAGUGAUGUGGACUGUUUCAGGAGUUUGGGAGAGGCGGGUGGCAAAAACGGUUGGAGUCUUACCUGCUACGCAUCAAAGGCGUCUGGCUCGACAGCUUGUAGAGCUUGUAGCGGGGUGGCGUGGCAUCAACAUUCUCUCAGCUGGGAGGGAACGCAAGGGUGCGUGCGUGGUGUGUGUAUAGUGCGUGUGUGGUGUGUGUGGCAGGGUGCACACUUGCAGGAGGCGCAUAUGGCGUGUGCCGAGAGGACGGCCGCCCUCCCACUCACGCCCAAGGCCGCCAGGGGGGACUGGCACACAGAGUGCCUGAAGGGGCUGGGGGGGCUGGUGUACUGGCUCCAGUGGCAGUGGCCGUGCUGCUUGCAUCCAUGCUGGCGCCAUGCUAGGGAGGGGAGUAUGGAAGUAAGCAUACCCCUCCCCCAUGCCCUCUCCCCCUUGCUCUCUCCCCCUUGCUCUCUCCCCCGUGCCCUCUGCCCCGUGCCCUCUGCCCCUUGCCCUCUGCCCCUUGCCCUCUGCCCCUUGCCCUCUGCCCCUUGUCCUCUCCCCCAUGCCCCUCUGCACCUCUGUCCCCCUCUCCUGCGUGCAGCGCCGAGGCACGUUCGCUCAUGGCGUCAUGCGCUCGUGUGCGGCAUCGCAACGCAAGAAUCAUGA